CAGGCUGAGGAGAUGCGGCUCGGGGCGCCCGAGCAGGGCUGAGCGCGGCCCGCCGCCCGCCGCCGCCGCCGCCGCGGUCCAGCCCGCCAAGCCAGACAAGGACUGCUGCUUGCCUGUGGGAGGGCAGCCCGGCCUGAGCGUGUUGGUGAAGUGAGACCUGAGCCAUUUUGCAUCAGUUGGAGGCGCACACAGGACUAGCGAUGAGCUCCCAAAGCCACCCAGAUGGACUCUCGGGCCGUGACCAACCGGUGGAGCUGCUGAACCCGCCACGCGUCAACCACAUGCCUGGCACCGUGGACGUGGCCGCGGCUCUGCCCCUGCAGGUGGCCCCCUCAGCCGUGCCCAUGGACCUGCGCCUGGACCACCCAUUUGUGCUGCCCGUGGCCGAGCCUGCACUGCGGGAGCAGCGGCUGCAGCAGGAGCUCCUUGCGCUGAAGCAGCAGCAGCAGCUGCAGAGACAGGUCCUCAUCGCCGAGUUCCAGCGGCAGCACGAGCAGCUGUCACGGCAGCACGAGGCCCAGCUACACGAGCACAUGAAGCAGCAGCAGGAGAUGCUGGCCAUGAAACACCAGCAGGAGCUGCUGGAGCACCAGCGCAAGCUGGAGAGGCAUCGCCAGGAGCAGGAGCUGGAGAAACAACACCGGGAGCAGAAGCUGCAGCAACUCAAGAACAAGGAGAAAGGCAAAGAGAGUGCUGUGGCCAGCACAGAGGUGAAGAUGAAAUUGCAAGAAUUUGUUCUCAAUAAGAAGAAGGCGCUGGCCCACAGGAACCUGAACCAGUGCAUUUCCAGUGACCCCCGCUACUGGUACGGGAAAACGCAGCACAGCUCCCUGGACCAGAGCUCCCCGCCCCAGAGUGGGGCGUCUGCCUCCUACAAGCACCCGGUCCUGGGCCUGUAUGACACCAAAGACGACUUUCCUCUGCGGAAGACAGCUUCUGAACCCAACCUGAAACUGCGAUCCCGGCUGAAACAGAAAGUGGCUGAGAGGCGGAGCAGCCCGCUGCUCCGCAGGAAGGAUGGGCCUGUGGUCACUGCUCUCAAAAAGCGCCCACUGGAUGUUACAGACUCCGCCUGUAGCAGCGCCCCAGGCUCUGGGCCCAGCUCACCCAACAACAGCUCCGGGAAUGUCAGCUCCGAGAACGGCGUCGUGCCGGCCACACCCAGUGUCCCCACUGAGGCCAGCUUGGCGCACAGGCUGGUGACGCGGGACGGCUCACUGGCUCCACUCCCCCUCUACACGUCCCCGUCCCUGCCCAACAUUACCUUGGGACUUCCUGCCACCGGCCCUGCCGCUGGUGCCGCCACGCCACCAGACGCCGACAGGCUGGCGCUCCCGGCCCUCCAGCAGCGGAUCUCACUCUUCCCCGGCUCCCACCUGGCCCCAUACCUGAGCACCUCGCCCUUGGAGCGCGACGGGGCAGCCCACAGCCCGCUGCUGCAGCACAUGGUGCUGCUGGAGCAACCGCCUGUCGCAGGCCUGGGAGCACUGCCCCUCCACGCACAGUCCCUGGUUGGCGCAGACCGGCUGUCCCCCUCCAUCCACAAGCUGCGGCAGCACCACCGCCCGCUGGGGCGCACGCAGUCGGCGCCGCUGCCGCAGAACGCGCAGGCGCUGCAGCACUUGGUCAUCCAGCAGCAGCACCAGCAGUUCCUGGAGAAGCACAAGCAGCAGUUCCAGCUGCACUUGGGCCAGAUUAUCCCCAAACCGAGCGAGCCAGCACGGCAGCCUGAGAGCCACCCCGAGGAGACGGAGGAGGAGCUCCGUGAGCACCAGGCCCUGCUGGAGCAGCCCUACCUGGACCGGCUCUCCGGGCCGAAGGAGGCACAGGCCUCGGCUGGCGUGCAUGUGAAGCAGGAGCCCAUCGACAGUGACGAAGAGGGGGCAGAGCCUGGCCAGCGGCAGCCCACGGAGCAGGAGCUGCUCUUCAGACAGCAAGCCCUGCUCCUAGAGCAGCAGCGCGUGCACCAGCUGAGAAACUACCAGGCGUCCAUGGAGGCUGCGGGCAUCCCAGUGACCUUCGGAGGCCACAGGCCGCUGUCACGGGCGCAGUCUUCCCCAGCAUCUGCCACCUUCCCCGUGACUGUGCAAGAGCCCCCCGCAAAGCCACGCUUCACCACAGGUCUUGUGUAUGACACGCUCAUGCUGAAGCACCAGUGUGCCUGUGGCAGCACCAACAGCCACCCCGAGCAUGCCGGGAGGAUCCAGAGCAUCUGGUCCCGCCUGCAGGAGACAGGCCUCCGCAGCCAGUGCGAGUGCAUCCGCGGACGGAAGGCCACGCUGGAGGAGCUGCAGACCGUGCACUCGGAGACCCACACGCUCCUCUACGGCACCAACCCCCUCAACAGGCAGAAACUGGACAGCUCCCUGACCUCGGUCUUCGUGCGGCUCCCCUGCGGCGGUGUCGGGGUGGACAGCGACACCAUCUGGAACGAGGUGCACUCGGCAGGGGCAGCCCGCCUGGCUGUGGGCUGUGUGGUGGAACUGGUUUUCAAGGUGGCCACGGGGGAACUGAAGAACGGCUUUGCUGUGGUCCGCCCCCCAGGACACCACGCCGAGGAGAGCACCCCCAUGGGCUUCUGCUACUUCAACUCCGUGGCCGUGGCCGCCAAGCUCCUACAGCAGAGGCUGAAUGUGAGCAAGAUCCUCAUCGUGGACUGGGACGUGCACCAUGGCAAUGGGACGCAGCAAGCCUUCUACAGCGACCCCAGUGUCCUCUACGUGUCAUUGCAUCGCUAUGAUGACGGCAACUUCUUCCCAGGCAGCGGGGCGCCCGACGAGGUGGGCACAGGGCCAGGCGUGGGCUUCAAUGUCAACAUGGCGUUCACUGGAGGUCUGGACCCGCCCAUGGGGGACACAGAGUACCUGGCAGCAUUCAGAACGGUGGUCAUGCCCAUCGCCGGCGAGUUUGCCCCAGACGUGGUGCUGGUGUCAUCAGGCUUCGACGCCGUGGAGGGCCACCCCACGCCACUCGGGGGCUACAACCUCUCUGCCAAGUGUUUUGGGCACCUGACCAAGCAACUGAUGGGCCUGGCUGGUGGCCGCAUCGUCCUGGCCCUCGAGGGGGGCCACGACCUGACGGCCAUCUGUGACGCCUCUGAAGCGUGCGUCUCUGCUCUCCUGGGAAAUGAGCUUGAUCCUCUCCCUGACAAGGUCAUGCAGCAGAGACCCAACGCCAAUGCCGUGCGCUCCAUGGAGAAGGUCACGGAGAUCCACAGCAAAUACUGGCGCUGCCUGCAGCGUCCGUCCACUGCCGGGCGCUCCCUGGUGGAGGUACAGACGUGUGAGAACGAAGAAGCUGAGACGGUCACUGCCAUGGCCUCACUGUCUGUGGGCGUGGAGCCCGCUGAGAAGAGGGCCGAGGAGGAGCCCAUGGAAGAGGAGCCGCCCCUGUAGCCUCUUGAAGCUGCUGUUUCCUUGUUUGUCUUCGUCUUGAAGCUCAGCCGAGAAACUGUCCCACUCAUUGCGGCUACCGCGGCCCUUGGGGGCUGGGGCCACAGCCGGGGCCUUUCUGCCGCCCGCACGUGGGCAUGGCAGCAUCCCGCGGAGCACGGGACAGACACGGCAGCGAGCAGACAUGGACAUGCAAAGCCAAGCACACAGGCGGCCCUGCCGGGGAAGCCGCCAGAGGCCUGCGCCACGGCCGCAGAGUGGCUGCGCUCCAUCCAAGCUUAGCAGGAUGAAGCUCUCACUGCGAAACAGACUUGACCCAAACUGGUGCUGAACGUCUGGUCAUGACCCACAGUUCCACAGUCUCCGUGUAAACCACUCGACUCAUCUUGUAGCUCAUGUGUUUUUUAAGAGGACGUUUUCUGGGGCUCAGGCCUGCCUGCAGCCGGGGAACCUGCAGUGGCGCUGGGCGCCUCGGACGCAGACAGUGGACGCGGCCCGAGGGAGAGCCCGUGGGAAGAUGCGAGAUUGUGCCUUUUUUCAUUGCCCUGGUGGAUUUUUGUGGCUGGGUUUUCUGAAGUCUGAGGAACAAUGCCUUAAAGAAAAACUCCACAGCAGGAAUGGGUGCGACACUUUCCUGUGGCCGGCACGCCCGGCGGUGCUGGCCGGGCGGCGAGCGUGGGGCGCACUGCUCUACCGAGUUCUCCAUGAAUCCAAAGUGCUCUUCCCGCGCAGCCUGGGGUGAGCAUGUCGAACGCAGGGCACACUCGCAGUGUUACGGUCGGAAGUAGCAUGAAGUAUUGCUUACAUUUUAGAUAUAAAUAAAUAUAUAUAUAUAUGUAUAAUAUAUAUUCCAAUGUAUUCCAAGCCAAGAAACUUGAUUCUUAUGAAAUCUUGAUAAAAUAUUUAUAAUGCAUUUAUAGAAAAGGUAUAUAUAUAUAUACGUACAUAUAUAUAUAUAUAUGUAUCAGAUAAACGCAGGCCGCAGGGCCCUGGCGAGCGCAGGGCGCGUGGACAGCCCACGGUGCUCAGCGAGGGGGCCGGCCACCAGCACACUGGCCGCUGGGCAGGGCGCCCACGCCAAGGCCCCUUGGGCCGGUGGUGUCCUAGCGAGAGCCUACCCCUCCCCUAGCCUCCGUGCACAUAUGUACCUAAUGAGUUUUUAUAGCAAAGAAUAUAAAUUUGCUGUUGAUUUUUGUAUGAAUUUUUCACAAAAAAAAAAGAUCCUGAAAAAGCCUUGUUUUGUGGGUUUUACAUUUUUUCUCACCGUUGAGCAGUUUUCUGAAUGGUAAUGUUUUUUUUUUCUUUCCAUGCUCUUCUUCCUCACACCUUUUUUCGACUUUCCAAGGUUGUUUUUCUUGUCUGUUUUUGUGGGUUUGGAGGCAGCAGGUACCACCGUGUGCGUGAGGAGUAGGGCGUGGCCCAGGAUCCUGGGGGGCCAACCCCUGCAGGACACCAGGCUUUUCGGCCUUCCCUCCAAGUGGCCUGCGUCCCUCCUGCCCCCGGGGCUCGGGGUCCCCUGACGACCCCGGACUCCACUUAUCCAAAGCCCCUUCACACGUGGCAGGAAGCAGCGGGUUUGGGCUCAGACGGCCAUCCCUGCACCUUUGUUCCUUUUUGUGGCGAUGCCAGCCAAUGGUCUCUUUGUACCAGUCACUUGAAGCCACUGAUUUCAUUCCAAAGUGUCUCAAGUUCAUCCUGGCAGGAGGAACCCAGCCCAGGCUGCUGUUUGGUACCUUGCUGGUGUGGACGCCACCUGGGCCCGCCCUGGGUUCUCGCUGCCACUGGCCUGCAGGGCCCAUGCCAAGCCCUGGGCUGCAGCUUGUGCCAGCUGUCUCCUCCCUGCUUGGGAGUCCUGGGAGGUGGCCGUGCCAGCCCCUGCCGCCCACCACAGCUGGCAGGGAGGGGUGCCUCACCACCUGGUUUGUUGUUUGUUUUUGUUUUUUUCUUUUAUGAAUGAUGAGAGAACUGGGCACCCCCGGGGGCCUGGCUCCACAGGGGCCGCUACCUGGCAUCCAGGUGGCAAUGGGCAUUACCAUGGAGCCUUUCUUUCCUUUGAAGUGAUCCCCAGCACCUCCGUGCGCUGGGCCCGGGGCAGAUGGCGUCUACGGGUGGGGCCCUGGUAAGAUGGGCAUGCUGCCCACUCCCUCUUAGGCCCUCGCACCCUGCCCGCCUUUUUCUUCCUUUGCAAGGCCUUGGGGGGCACCCGCUGGGCCAUGGGUGUAUAAGCACUUUAAGCCCCUCUGAGGGGACCCCGAGGUGGCCCACAUGGCUCCCAGCUGGUGGCCACCCUGCCCCAGCGGCUCCGGGUCGAGAGGGCCACUGUGUCGAAGCAUUUUGUUUUUGCUUUCCUUGUUUUCCGGUUCUGUGCUGCUGAGGAGGGCACCGUCUCCCUUUCCGUCCGAGCAUUCCUCCCUCGCGGGCAGCAGCCGCGGACUCAUUCCGCUCCCCGUUCGGCAGGUGGGGCCGUGCAUGUCCGGGCCGGGCCGCGUGCAGCUUGGAGGUACAGGUCCAAGUGUCCCGGAGCCCGCAUGAUGAGUGCCCGCAUGUCUGUCCCACAUAGAUUGCACGCAGGCCCAGGCAGCUCGGGGCCGACAGGACAAUACCUUCGCCCUCUCAGGCCUUUCGCCGAUGUCCAGUAGGACCCAGAUGGAGAAGAGCAGGUGGGCGGGGGGGGGUUGCAUCUUCUUCAACUUAUUCUUCAGAAACUGAACUUUUUAUUGUAAGAAAAACUAAGAGGACUUCUCAGAGCUUCGUCGUUUUUCAGAGACAAGUUCCCUAGCACUUGUGACCAACCAGUCUCGGGGGCACUGUGUCCGCGUGGGGCCAGCAUUUCGGACCCGGCGCAGAGCCCCCGCUCCGGAACCGCCCUGCUGUCAGGGGGCAGUUCCGUGUCGUUUCCUUCAAUUGUCUCCCUCUCCAGCCGUGACCUGGCGGCUGUGACCUCCCUCUGGUUGGGGUGCUUGCCUGGCCCAGGCCGCUGCCGUUGCCCCGGCCACGGGAGGACGCCUUGCCUCCCACAAAGGGGAAGAAGGCCAGCGCGUCUUGCAGCCGUUGGGUUUUGUUUUCAUUUUUUCUUGGCGUGCGUGCUCCCCAGUGGGGCCGGCCUUUUGCAGUUGAGGAGGGCAUGCAAACAUGGCACAUACAUGAUGUAUGUAGACACAGGAGUGAGUUGGACUUCUUGCACCCGAGAGCUUGCCACAGGCCUGGGAGGAGGAGGCGUUACCAUGAUGCUCGCCGGCACAGCCAGCGACCCCCGAGUGUCCCGAUUCGUCUUCCCUGGACUGUGUGACCCUCGGCGGCACCAGGCCUGCCCAUGCAGCCACGGGGCCGGUUGGAUUCUCCGACUGCUGUGCCGUGAGGGUCACUGUGGCCGCCUGGCCACACACACUGUUGUGUACCCAUCACACAGCUUGUUGCUCUCAAGGUUGAAUAAAGACUUGUUCAUGACCCUCCC